CUUGUUGUUCAAUGUGCGCGCCCGUCACCCGCCUCUAUCGGCUCUUUCGGUUCAAACGAAGUAAGAAGUGGACAUUUAUAAGAAGAAUAUUUAAAUUUGCAAAAUCAUGAGGAAGUUCUUGCUGUAUUUCGCUGUGAUAUUGUUGACCCAACAAUGCAUCAGCCUGCCAGUCAACGAGAAUGUGGUGUCGGUGUACACCACCCACCCGACCACUAUGGGGACAAACCCACCGAUAGAUGUCUAUCAUCAGAUUGCCAGCAAUAUUGCUGAGAGAAUCACUUCGCCUAUUUACAAAUUUCUCGGUCUGAACGUGUCAAAGAGUGAUGGGAGUCCAAAAUCGGAGCCAACAACACCAUCCGAUAAAUCCUGGGGCAAGAUUGAACUACAAGAAGAGGAUCUAAACAAACAAGAUGUGAAGCCGAUUGACAACGACAUUGCGAAAGAGAGGGAUGUGGAAGAAGUGUCUCUCGACGCUUUGCCUCCAAAAGCCGAAAAAAAGCCAGAGAAAAUCACUCUAUACUCAAACUAUCUGCCAGUUCUCGCCAAAGUCAGUGCAUCCCCUCGAAGUGAGGCUCAGAUUGAAGCUAAGAAUGAUACGUGGAAUGAUGAUGAUGACGGAUUCGGCUGGGAUAAUGAUGCAGAAGUAGCAAAACCUAAAGAAGGACCAUUUGUUUACAUGCUAGAAGUAUUAGGAAGUAUUAUUCAGUUAUUAUGGGGAGGUUUGAUGGCAUUGUUUCGACCAGGAUCGUCAAGUUCAGCAAGUAAAGGGGUUUAAUUUAAUGUAUUUUAAUAGUUUAUAAUGUCCAAAAUCAUUCAAAUCAGGAUGGCUAGUGAUUUUUCAUCAACAUAUUUUUAAACUGGAUCUGCAUACAUCAUAUCAUUGUGUUAAAGAUUUUCUG